AUGGACACAGCCAAUUCUCCCAAAUUCGGCAAAGUUUUUGGAGAGAAACACUUUAUGUUUAAACCAGGCUUUAUUCAUUUAAACCAAGGAUCUUAUGGCGGAUAUCCUCGUCCAGUGCGAGAUGCUCUACGUUCUGUCCAAGACGCAGUACAAGCUGAGCCCGAUAAUUUUGUCCGAUACAAGUAUCCGGCAAAAUUAGAUGAAGUCCGUGAGCUCAUUGCUGGUCAUCUACAUGCUGCCGAUACAGAUGAAAUUGUUCUAGUUCCGACCGCAACAGUGGCACUGAAUACCGUACUUCGCAAUUUGACCUAUCAGCCAGGAGACAUGAUUGCUUACAUAGAAGGAACUUACGGAGCAAUCGAGAAGACGAUUGAUUAUCUUGUGGAGACUACACUCGUGGAAAGAGUUUGUGUUCCAUUUGAUCCAACCGUGGACGAUGAUGAUACGCUUGUCGAGGCGUUUCAAUCAGUCCUACAAGAGAACCACGGCCGCGUUCGCGUAGCCAUUUUCGAUACAGUUAUGAGCAUGCCAGGGCUUAGAAUGCCAUUUGAGCGCCUGGCGCAGAUCUGUAGAGACUUUGGGGUUCUAAGCGCUGUCGAUGGCGCUCAUGGAAUUGGCUUAAUUGAUUUGAACAUGGAGAAGCUCGGAGCCGAUUUCUUCACCACGAACUGUCACAAAUGGCUAUUUGUGCCACAUACUUGCGCCGUUUUGUAUGUAGCCUCAAAGAACCAACAUCUCAUGCGAUCUUCCAUCCCAACGUCGCAUGGCUUCCAGCCUCUUCCCGAAAUUCUACAGAAGAAACAAUACAUAAGCCCGUACGAGCUUCCGGCAUCCAAGAACCCAUUUGUAUUCCAAUUUAGUUAUACGGGAACAAUUGACAAUGGGCCGCCGUUGUGCGUCCCCGCCGCACUUCGCUUUAGGCAGGACAUCUGCGGCGGGGAAGAGGCUAUACGGGCUUAUUGCGAGAAUUUAGCUCGGGAGGGCGAAAAGGCCGCUGUCGAGAUAUUGCAGAGUCGCCCGUUAUCUAUACCGGAGACAAAACGAGUUGCCUUUGCCAACGUUCGUCUUCCCUUGGAAAUAGUAUCAUCUGUCGUGGAAGAGAACGGGCAUUCAGUUCCCUUGUCAGACGUUGGCAAAGUUAUGGACUUCAUUCUUGAGCGCCUUGCUAAGGAUUAUAAUACGUUUGUAAAUAUUGCCUUUAUCUCGGGAUCUUUGUGGGCAAGAUUCUCAGCUCAGGUGUAUCUCGAACUAGAGGAUUUUGAGUAUGGUGCAAAAGCUUUGAAGGAGCUUUGCGAGAAGGCUGCCAAUAAGGAGUAUGUAGGAUUGUAG